AUGACUGACUCUUUGGGAUCUUCUAAUCAACAGCUUCUGCUUCUUAAAGUUAUGCGAUUGGGCAGACAUAAACUUAAUACUCCUCCCUUGUUCUUUGAUCCUAACGAUCCUGAAGGCCUUUCUAAACAUUAUGAGUCAUCCCAGGAAGUUAUUAAGAACGAAAAAAUCAAAGAAGCUACUCUCACCGAUUACGUUGUUGUUCCACACAUGUUUGAGAACGUCUAUUUGGGAGAAACAUUCUCCUUCUAUGUACAUUGUGUAAAUGAGAGUGAUCAAAGAGUUACGGAUGUCUCGGUGACGUGCGAAUUACAAACCAACAGUCAACGAGUUUCUCUGUCCUGCUCUUUGGAAGACAAGUCACUUGAAGCUGGGGAAGCCAUAGGCCAGGUGCUGAGCCAUGAAAUCAAAGAACUGGGGCAGCACAUCGUCAUUUGUUCCGUAAAUUAUAAAACCGUUGGCGCCGAGAAGAUGUACUUCAGGAAAUUCUUCAAGUUCCCAGUAACAAAGCCUAUCGACGUUAAGACCAAGUUCUAUAAUACUGAGGAUAGUUCGAACAAUGACGUAUACUUGGAAGCCCAAAUAGAAAACACAUCAGGUCUUCCUAUGAUUCUGGAAAAGGUUGAGUUAGACCCAAGUGCGUAUUAUGAAGUUACGCCGAUACGGCCCAGUUUUGCCGAACAGGACAAAAGUUCAAAGUUGUUAAGACCUAGUGACAUUCGGCAAUUUCUGUUUUGUCUUUCAAACCGGAAGAACCAAAACUUGGCUUGCUACAAAGACAUGACCGUAAUCGGAAAACUCGAUAUGUCAUGGCGGACAAGCAUGGGCGAGAAAGGAAGGUUACAAACAAGUUCCCUUCAGAGAAUCGCGCCGGGAUACGGAGAUGUUAGAUUGGCAGUUGAAGAGCUACCUGCGACAGUUAACGUUCGCGAACUAUUCAAAUUGAAAUGCCGAGUUUACAACUGCAGUGAGCGAGCUCUUGACCUCACUCUUGCUCUGCAACAAAACUCUCUCUCAACUUAUGUGUUCUGCUCUGUAUCAGGGUUAUCACUGGGUCAAUUACCUCCAAAUGCUUCUUUCCCAUUCUCAUUAGAAAUUCUACCUGUGGCUGCUGGUUUUCAGGCAAUAGGAGGGAUUCGGCUAAUCGACUCUAACAUGAAGCGGACAUAUGAACAUGACGAUAUAGCGCAAGUUCUUGUUCUUUGA